AUUUUACUCUGAAUAUUAACUAUGUCAAGUUCAUUUUUGGUGAAAAUCUUCUUUUUCUUCUUUGUAUCAUUAAAAACUUCAGCAAUAGAAACUUUUUGUUCAAUUGAUAAUGACUGCUCAAGUUUUGAAAAUUGUUCAUCAGGCAGAUGUCUAUGCCAGUUGGAAUAUGGUCAGCAAAUAUGCAAUGAUAGCAAUAGUCUUAUUCUAGACAAAAAUAAAAAUGUAGCUGGUACAAGAAUUUUGAACAUGGUGGGAAAUUCAAUUCAUCGUUGCUAUGAGACUUGUUUAACUGAUUAUUCUGAUGAUUGUCUUGGAUUUAUAUUUAAAGAUCUCAAUGACGGAACUUAUAAUUGUCAGUUUUAUAAAGAAAUAUCAUCCCUAGCUUUCAAUUCUGACUAUUCAUUAAUUCUUUUGAAAAAUAAAAAGCACGCAGUUUGCGGAAUAGAUGAAAAUCAAUUACCACUAAUUGAAGAGUGUUAUCAUCAGAUAUGGAAAGAAAAUGGUUGUUUUGGUCAACAAUUUAAAGUUGAAACUAAUUAUCAAACAAUGACUGUUUUACAAUUUGAUAAUUAUGCAAAAGAUGUAUAUGAGAAUUCUAUAAAAUUAUAUGGUGUGAAUUUGCAUUCAAAUUUCUAUAGGCGAAUCUGUUUCGAACAUAUGGAUGGCAAUGAAAUGAAUAUAGCAUUCAAUUUUAAAAAAAUUGAUUAUAGUGGAUAUUUUGAAGGUUCUCUAUAUGAUCCAAAACAUGUUGUAGAUGGUUUACAUGAUAAUAAAAUUACAUUGGGUUCUUGUACAAUAUUAAAGAGACUCUUACGCAUUCUUCAACCCAUAAUUACAAUUCAUUUAAAAGGGCAACAUACUCUCAAGAAAGUAAUUCUAUGGCCAACCAAUCAGCAAAUUACUCAACAAUUGGAAAUUUACAUGGACAAUAUUUUUAAUAUCUGUACUGAUGAUAAUAUCAUAUUGGCAAAUAAUUCACCAACAACAGUGCUAUGUAACAAACUACAACAAUCUAGAAGUUCUAGUUUAACAGUUAAAUCAAAAAAUACAAACUUUUUGCAUUUAUGCGAAAUUGAAAUAAUUUCUAACAAUAUAGCCUAUUUGAAAGGAGUUACCUACAAAUUUUCCCAGAUGGACUUGUUUAUAUUAACUGAUGGUUUUACAAGUGAAACUACACAGGUGAAAAUUGGAGGGCAGUAUUGGAUUGCAAUUAAUCUAUUUGCUUACUAUAAUGUUCUUGUUAUUGAUUUUAUAUUACCGGUACAAAACACUCUCUCUAAUCAAUUUCGUAUUGAACUUACAAAUGAAAAUCCAUACUUAGAAUAUGACCCAUUAAAAUACAGUUUAUGUGGAGAACAUCCAGACAAUACAGAAAGUUUCAUUUCCCACUUUGAAAUCUCGUAUUCACUUUUGUGCCCUAGAGGAGGGGUCGAAGGUCAAUUUGUUGUACUUAGAACACAAAGAGCUACUCCUGUGACAUUUUUUCUUCAUUCUGAAGAAGGUUUCCAACAAUGGGCAAGAAUUGAUAUGUUUUCAAAGUACACUAUUUAUAAAAUGGCAAUUUUAAAUGGAGAUAUGCAUGGUUACAAUACAGCAAGGCAUAUCAAUGGUUUAGUGUCGAAUUAUCAAGAUUUUAGCAUUCAGGAUUAUCAUUUAUAUUCUGAAAAAUGUUUUACGAAUAAUGAAGACUUUUCAGGUGGUGAAUAUAGAUUAUGGGAAUGCAAAAUGCCGUUUCCAAUUGAAGCGUACGGUCAGAAAAUUGUAGAUAACGAUAUGGUUCUCUUACCAAUUGCGCAUAUUGAUAGGAAUAGUAAUGCUAAAAGUAUUUCUGACAAAGAAGAAAGUGCUCAAUAUCCAAUAAAGAUUAUAGAUGGUUUAGCCAACAAUGCCUUUACUGAUGGAUUCUUAUCAUGUUCGGGUACUUUAACAACAAAUAAUAAUGAAGUAGGACGAAUAACACUCUAUAUGGAUAAUCAGUAUUUAAUAAAUCAAAUAGGUGUACUAAUUCCAUUUGAAGCGCCUAAAGGUUAG